AGGGGCAAGGAGGGGAAAAAGCGAGUGUGAGGCGGAGGGACCCGUUGCGCGUAUGCGCUGUCUGCACUGUUAGCGCCUUCGUUCGUCUUGUAUACUGGCCGCCCGUUACAGUAUUUUGCACUAUUUGGCGUGGUUUGGAAAAGCGUGGACACUUGACGCACUCAAAUAGUCGCGUACCCAGAACGCCCGCACAGGGCCUGGGCCUGAUUGAAAGUAGACGUGACCAACAGCGGGAUACUACCGAGGGCUAGUUGCGCAGGCACCUGUGCGAAGGGACGUCAUGAGCUUCGGGGCUUGGUUGCCUGCUGUGGCUAACUUUUUUUUUGUAUGGACACCCGUCCAUGCACACAUAUAUGAAGAUAACCUGGGAGGGCAAAUUUCACUUCUUGGACCCCUGGUGUGCUUUGCUGUGUUUAUAGCCAUCUGUGCUUGCUUUUGCCGAGAGUGCCGGCGCAGGGAAGCCAUGUUGGCAUCCACGACAGCCGUCCCGGUUGACCCCUUUCACACUCCAGGCCCUGUUCCAUAUGGACCCGCUGUAGCAGGUGCACGACCAGUACCUAUGACUCAGCCUGUGCAUCCACCUUACAGUCCACCUUACAGCCAGCCGCCAGCACCCUCCCAGAGCCAGCCACCUCCACCGGGAUUCCUUGGCUACCCAUAUGGCAGCAUGCCCCAGGAGCCACCUCCACCGUACGAGUACAAGUGAUUACAGUGUGCUGGACUGAAUGACACGAGGACUGUGGCUUAGAAAAGAUGCACCUGUGGUCUACACCUCAGCUCCUGCUAGCCUUGUUAUGCCCCCACAAUGCUUGUUGGUGCUUUUGUAGGUUGCACGCUCGGCCUGUGACACUCCGGGAUGGCAUUGAGUGGUGGCUGUGGCUCACAAUAUAUGCUCUGUGUACUCUGUACCUGUGUGACACAGAGCGAAUAGCCAAUACCACCAGUGCUUCUGUGGCACAACAGGUUGAGUGUCACUGUACUUGAGAUUACUUUGGUGAUUUGUGUUUUGCUACUUAAGGCAUUACAUGUGUUCUUUCUUUGUAAAGGCACAUGGUACUAAAUACCCAAGGUGUGACUUGUCUUGGAAAAAACACAGCAGAUACUAGUUAUUUUCGAGGUGCUGAUCUCAAAGUGCAGCACUUUCUCUGGUGUCUUGUGAAGCACUGUUUAAACUCAGGAUUGUAAUGCUGCUCUUACAUAAAAUACACUGCUUGAACAAGAAGCCAUGGUAUUACUGUUCAAGUGAAUAUUCUUACGUGCCUGCCUUAAUAUAUAUAUAUUAAGUAUACCACAAAUGCCAUUUUUACUAUGUUGCACUGUUAUGGUUACAUGUAGUGAUGACUGCAUGUUAAAGUACUUAUAAAGUAAAUUUUUGUAAUUUUUCACGUCAGAAACUCCUAUUCUUGAGAACAGGCAUGUGUACAAAUUUUAAUUUUUGAAGUAUGGUUGUGUAAGGAAUAUGGUGCUAUAGCAUUAUUUCUCACAUGUAUAAGUUGCCCUCUUUAGCUGCCCACUGGCUGGAUCCAGUGCUCAGCGGCAUCGUUGUCAAAACAUUGUAAUGAAAUAGCAAGAAUGUGAAAAUUUUACACUCAGUCUAUCUUCACUGAGAUUAUAUUGUGACAUUACGCUUUGUUAAAUUGUAUCACAGACUGAUAUUAGUGGUGCUUGCACUGGGCCAUUGGAGCUUAUAUAUCGCAUUUUGUUGUCCAGACAAUAAAAUUGUUUUAGUGAAUUUCACAA